UGAGGAGAGGUGGUCAUGUCGGUAAAGAUCAAUCUCCGCCUCAUACUGGUGAGCGGAAAGACGAAAGAGUUCCUCUUCAGCCCUAGUGAAUCAGCGGGGGACAUAGCACAGUUUGUCUUUGAUAACUGGCCCGAAGAAUGGGCAGAUGAAAGUGUUAGCAAGGCAGAAAUUUUACGUCUGAUUUACCAAGGGCGGUUUCUUCAUGGAAACGUAACGUUAGGAGCACUGGGACUCCCAGCCGGCAAGACUUGUGUCAUGCAUCUUGUUCCCAGAGAGAACCUACCAGAGCCCAACUCUCAAGAUCAACGGCAGAAGAGCAAGGGCGGAUCCUCGAGCUGCUGUUCAGCCUCCUGUGCUAUCCUCUAGUGAUCCAUGGAAUUACCAUCAUUGGCCCCACGUCACCAACGACCACAUCUCUAAGUCACAGCCACACUUACCAUCCACUGCCUAUCCAACAACAGUCAGCAUCAUCACCUGGAAUGACCUCAGAAUACGGCUAGAUUAUGGCCAGAGUAACUUGGCUCCAUAUGUCAGGCUCUGGUGACUUGUUAAUGUAGUGUUGUUUCCUCACACCUUGACGAUACACAAUACCCUUUACAGUAACAGUGUAUUGAAAAAGUUGGGCUCUUGUGUUUUAAUAACAUAACACAAUGCUACUGUUUAAACUGGUACUUUACAGUGUAGUGUUGAUGUGCAAGUGACAGUUGCAAUAACUGUUCACAGAGACUAUUAUUAUACUGCAUGAUCAUCACUCAAGGUGGCCUUCAUGAGAGCCCAAAACAAAGAAAUAUGUAUGUAAGUGCUGUAAAAAGGACUAGUGUAACAAACUGGUGUAUUCUUGUGACAGGUCACAUGUUAAAAAGCUCCCUCCAGCUAUCCUGUAUAAUCCCAGAUACCAUGUAUCAGUAAACCAUUUUGCUACCUGGUAUACUGUCUUGCAAGUUAAACAAAGCUGAAGCUGGUGUUAAAUUGAACAAUUUGUUAUUAUUUUAUGCUUAUUGAUGAAAAACUCUGUUUGGUAUUUUCAAAUGGGCAAUGACAAGUCAUAGUAAUGAGUAAUGCAAAGGAUGAUGCGAGAACUUUUCCUUGGAGGGGGUUAGUCUGUGAUGAACUUCUUCCUUGUUGUUCUCCCAGUUUGAUGGCGGGGACAUGAUUGUGAAGUUAUCAGUUGUUUAAUUCAAAAUAUAAUAGUUCAUGUGUUAAGGACACUUUCAGAGAAAGUUAUACAGGUGAAGAGUAUAUUGUGUCUUCUUGCAAUAUAGGAAUAUGAACUCCAUGCAUUUUGGAGUGACAAGUUUCAGAGCUUUCAUCCAGUGAUUGAUGAUGGGUUUUGUAGGCACUGGUACAAUUCAUGAUUGUACAUAUAUAUAUAUAUAUAUGAUAAG